AUGCCCUCCGUCCAUCCCAUCUCGCAGCCCUCGCCUACACUCCUCGAUCUCAAGUACCAGGAGCUGAAGGACAAGGUUCGCGACGACACGAAGGCCGCCGCGAAGGACGUUCGCGAGUACAUCGCGAGGACGUACGAUGUCCAGACGGUGAUUCCCCGUCAUCAAGCUCUCAUGACCGACAUCGGCGCGGUGAAGACCGCCAUCAACGGCCUACGCGAUCAAACGCGCAUCACCGCGUUGGAGGACCGCAUGAAGAAGUUGGAGGAGGCGGUGGAACGGCAAGGGAAGGAGAGCGUGACAAAGCUCGACAACAUCGCGGAGAUGCUGUCCAAGUUCAUCGAGGAGCAGAAGGGCGGAUCGCCUACGCUGCGUUCCCAGGGCGUUCAGGCCGCCAACGUCGCACCGGACGAAGACGUGCAGAUGGGUCCCUCAGCAGAAGAGGCGGCACAAGCAGUGCACGAGGCUCUGUCUGGGGGACCGCAUAACACACCUGAGGCGUCGCAGACGGCCCAGGAAUCCGCCCAGACGCCAUCCCCGCCCGCAUCAUCGCCACUGUCAGCUACACUGGGUAUAGCGAUGCGCGCUGAGAUGGCACAGGCCGCGCAAAGUCCUGUCGCAUCCGCCGGAUCUCCGCCUCCGCCGCCUCCGCGACAGACACGCGAAUCUCCGUCUCCGCCGUCCCCGCGUCUGCAGCCUGAGCUGGAGAUCCCACCGCCGGCAUCUCCGCGCCAAGACGAGCAUGCGGAUGUUCAACCUCCGCCACCGACUCGCACGUCAAGUCCGCCGCGUCAGCCACAGGCCGAGCUGCAAAUUGAGCUCGCCGAGACGAGGGCACGGCUCGUCAAGUCCACCCCGGAGGACGCUAUUCCCCCGCGCGCCGCCAUUCGCAGUCCCCCACCUGUGGUCUCCACACCCACGCCAGGGACUACCGCGACGCAGAACGAGUCGCGCGCGAGCUCUCCUGGGAGCGACCAACGCCCUCCUUUGCGUCUGUCCACGCUGGACAGCGACAUGGACGUCGACAACGACGUGCCAGCGCCAGAGCCCGGUUCUGACUGGGCGGGCGAAGGCCAGCACGAGUCAGACGACGAUCCGGACGCGGAGGGGAGCCUGGACGUCAACCUAGGGAAGUCGGGACGCCAUCUGAAGGCCGCUGAGGACUCGGACGCAGAAGAGGAAGGCGUGCUUCCUCCGCCUCCCAAACCUCCUGUUCGGGCACUUCCGGUCGAACAGGAGAUAACAGCACGGGACUACGUUGCGAGGGAGGACGCGGAGGUGGAGCUUCGCGCAGGCGCGGAGAUCCGAGCGGAGAAGCAGGCGGAGAAGGCCGCGGCUGCGCUGGCGGAUGCGGACACGGAGAGUCCGACGAAAAAGUCCGGCGGACGUAAAGGCUCUAAGCGAGGUGGGAAGGCCCCAGCUGUGCCCUCUAGUCCUGCAGGUGCGGGGAAGGCGACGUGUUCGAAGGGAAAGGCACCUGAACCCGGUGAGCUGCCUCCGACGCGUAAGCCGUGUGGCGCGCCCAAGGCCUAA